AGUUAAAAUAAUCAUUUAAUGCAUAAAGAAAGUUAUAGUAUUAAGGUAUUUUAUAUUUUUCCAAAUUAAGUAGAUUUGAAUAAUUAUGUUUAAUAGUCAAAGUUUUUUAGAGGGUCCCAUGCAAAGAUCUAGGGAUUCACAUUACGAUAUGACUCAUUCUAUGAAUCAAUCUAUUUACAAUGCAAAUUAUAAUGUGAAUGCAUAUCAAAAUUAUAUUUAUCCAGUUCUUACAUCUGAUACUGAAAAUGCUACACCAGCAAUUAAUUUAGAAAAAAGACAAACUGAUGAAAAAGAUAUUGAAAAUUUUCUCCUAGAGGUUAAUCAAUCUAAUAAUAUAAAUGACCAGAGAAACAUAUGUAAAAAAUCUAAAAUUGCAAUUACCAAAAAUGCUAUAACAUCAGCAUACAAAUUAAAUGAAAAAUUGAAGACAAUUUGUGCUGAACUUAAGAAUAAUCAACAUUUAGCAGAAGAAGAAUGGCAACAAAAAAUAAGUAUUUGUAAUGCAGCAAAAGAAGAAAUUAUUAAAUUAUUAGAGCCUAUUAGAGAUCAAAAUUUUUUAAAUCAGUUAAAAAAAGAUUUGGAAAGACGAAGAAAAAAGAGAUCAAGAGAAAAAAUUAAAAAGGAGAAAUGGAAGAAUGACAAACUAAUGAAAAUGGAAAGAAGAGCAAGAAUGCAUGCACAGAUUGAUUCAUGGAUAUGGAAAGAACAAGCUGUAAUAGAGAAAGAAAAACAAGAAGAAAAUUUACGUAAAGAUGCUGAUAUGAUUUUAUUUGAUGUUAGAGGAAAGAGAAGUGAUGCUAGGAAGUAUCUUGGAUUGUUACAAGAAUUACAGAAUUUGCGAAAUAUUAAGGCCAAUAUUGCCAGAGCAAGAGGGGAACAUUUAUCUUCAGCAGCUGAUAAAGCAUUUAACAAUAUUAUUGCAAAAUUAACAGAACAAUGGUCAAUGCUUGAUCGUGAAUAUUCUAUAGAAGAACAAGGUUUGAAAUUAAUGUUAAAAAAAGAUAAUGAAGAAAGAAAUGAAAAACAAAAGAAGAAUCUUUUUGAUGAAUGGGAAAAGAUACUAUUUGGAAGAAAAAUAAUACCUGAUCAAUACAAUACGGAUUUAACUAACUUUGUUACUAUAAGGACUGCUUGGGAUAAGUAUAUCAGUACAGACCGUGAUGCAUCAGCAAUACCAAUUGGUUGGGUCAUGCCUGAGAAACCAUCCUCUGCGGCCUGGCAAAAAUGCCUCAAAAAAGAAGUUUCAUAAAAUAAGCUAAUAUACUACUGUAGAUUCUAGUUUAUGAAAAUAAGUAAAAUUUGAUACACACCUUAGUAAUUUAUACUGUAUGAAUAUAAACGGCAUGCAUUAUACACAUUUGAAUGUAAUGUAAUUUAAGAAACAUAAAAGCUUCUCUGGUCUACUGUAUUUAAAACAUUUAUAUUUACAAUUAAGCAUAUUAUGAUUUAAACAUUUCUAGAAUU